AAACUCAACCAAAAUGCCGUUCCCAAAACUCCCCCCAAGAGUCGCCUACAUCCGUCUCUCAAACCCCACCAAGCGCAACGCCCUCAGCAUCCCCGUGCUCAAAGACCUCAAGUCCCAGCUCGACAGCGCCCUCACGUUACGACCUACCAGGCGAAUGGGCCUGCUCCCCAAAUUCACCCCUAACGCUCUCGAAGAGCUCGAAGAGGCCUUACAAGAUCCGACCUCGAAGCAAUGGAAGCGUUGGGGCUGGCUCGUCAGCGCAUCUGAAUGGAAGAAACAACGUGUUGGUGCACCUGAUGUUCUGGUCCUUAGAAGCGAAGGGCCUGUCUUCUCAUCAGGCCAUGAUCUCAAAGAGCUGUCUAAGAUGAGUCGGGAUGAUGUCAAGACUCUGUUUAACCUUUGCUCCGAUGUCAUGAUGACCAUUCGGAGGAGCCCUGUCCCAGUUGUUUGUCCAAUCCAAGGGCUUGCGACAGCUGCUGGAUUCCAACUUGCCAUGAGCACCGACUUCCCUAUUGUUCUACCAGACACCCAAUUUGCUCUCCCAGGAGCAAAGAUCGGAUUACCAUGCACUAGUCCCUCAACAGCAAUUUCACGACGUUUUCCCGCCGCGGCGACAUAUCGACUCCUCGCCACAGCAGAACCAAUCAAAGCAUCAGACUACCCAGACGCCGUCGACGUUGUCAAAGUCUCACCAGGCGAAGAUCCAGAGGAGGCUCUUGAAAAACGUGUGGCAGCUGUGAUUGAGCGGCUAGCUUCAAUGUCGCCUCAGCAGCAGGCUGUAGGAAAAUGGGCAUACUGGUCGCAGUUUGGAUUUGGAAAAACGUAUGGUGAUGGAUACGAUCAGGCUACCCAAUUUGCGGCUAGAGUUAUGGCGCUGCAUGCCAAGAGUGAGGAUGCUAAGGAGGGUAUUGCUGCGUUUUUGGAGAAAAGGGAGGCGGUCUGGAUAAGUAAUGGUGAACAUGAGGCGGAGGAGACGACGGUUGAUGAUGCUUCUGCAACUAAAAUCGCCGAUCCUGUUACCGAGGCUGAGAUCGCGACUCCCGAGACUGACGGAGAUCGUCCUCCCACGACAGAUCGUAGCUAA